AUGAAAAUUUUAUCAAUCAAUAGCCAUAACAAGCUGAAAAUACUCCCUGAAGAAAUUACAAAUCUAAGAAACUUGAAGGGCCUGUAUCUCCAGCAUAAUGAACUAACUUGCAUACCAGAGGGAUUUGAACAACUUUUCAACUUAGAAGAUUUAGAUCUUUCAAACAAUCGCCUUUCAAGUAUUCCUGCUAGCUUUUCUUCUCUAUCCAGUGUGGUGCGACUCAAUAUUUCCAGUAAUCAACUGAAGUUACCAGCAGAAAUAAGUGGAAUGAAAAGAUUAAAGCAUUUGGAUUGUAAUUCAAAUCUCUUGGAAACUAUACCUCCUGAAUUGGCUAGCAUGGAAUCACUAGAGUUGCUUUAUUUGCGGAGGAAUAAAUUACGUUUUCUACCAGAAUUUCCUUCUUGUAAAUUGUUAAAGGAAUUACAUGUAGGUGAAAACCAGAUUGAAAUGUUAGGAGCAGAACAUCUUAAGCAUCUGAAUUCUAUCCUUGUGCUAGACCUGCGGGAUAACAAAUUAAAAUCUGUUCCAGAUGAAAUCACACUCCUACAGUCUUUGGAAAGGCUUGACCUAAGCAACAAUGACAUUAGUAGUCUGCCCUGUUCAUUAGGAAAACUUCAUUUGAAAUUCCUGGCACUGGAAGGAAAUCCUUUAAGAACAAUUCGAAGAGAAAUUAUAAAUAAAGGAACUCAAGAAGUCUUAAAAUAUCUACGAAGCAAGAUUAAAGAUGACGGACUGAGCCAAAGUGACUGUGUUACUGAGACUGCCAUGACAUUACCAAGUGAAUCUAGAGUCAAUAUACAUGCCAUCAUCACACUAAAAACAUUAGACUAUAGUGAUAAACAAACAGCUUUGAUUCCUGAUGAAGUGUUUGAUGCAGUAAAAAGUAAUGUUAUCACUUCAGUUAACUUCAGUAAGAAUCAGCUGUGUGAAAUUCCCAAAAGGAUUGUGGAAAUGAAAGAAAUGGUUUCUGAUGUCAAUCUCAGUUUUAAUAAGCUUUCCUUUAUAUCCUUGGAAUUAUGUAUGCUUCAAAAAUUGACUUUUUUAGAUCUCAGGAAUAAUUUUUUAAAUUCUUUGCCUGAAGAAAUGGAAUCAUUGGUAAGACUACAAACAAUCAAUCUUUCUUUUAAUAGGUUCAAAAUACUACCUGAAGUUCUGUAUCGAAUUCCCACACUUGAAACAAUUUUGAUUAGUAACAAUCAGGUUGGAUCUGUGGACCCUCAGAAAAUGAAGACAAUGGAAAAUCUGAUCACAUUGGACCUUCAAAAUAAUGACCUCCUACAGAUUCCACCAGAGCUUGGUAAUUGUGUGAACUUAAGGUAAAUGCACCAUUCUACUAAGUUUUUCCGUUUUUUUAAUUUGUUGAAGCGUUGUUUAUUUUGUUUUGUUUUUUUGUGGUAAUCUUGCAGGCAAUUUGAAAUAAAAAAUUUAAUGUCCUAUUGAAAUAACAGGUAACAAAACUCAGAAUCCCAAUUCUGUUUUUCAAAUUUUACCAAAUAUAUUUUUUAGUUUUGUUUAAAUAGUAUAAACAAAUACUAUAUAUUUAUAGUAUUUAUAUAAAUACUAUAAAUCAGUAAUAACUGAUUGUUUUUCAUGAUACUUAGCACUGUGCAUGUGUAUAACCUGAAACCACUGGAAAU